AUGUAUAAUGCUAUCGUCUAUGUUGUCUUCAACAUUGAUGAAAAAAUAAAGAUGGCAGCUAUUAUCCAGGAGAGUCCUAGAGUUGGAAUCUCAUGUUCAAAUUCUGAUGCCGAUGAAGAACUUUCUUAUCUACCUGAGAAGCUAAAGGAAAAGCUGCUUCCUUUUCAGAAGAAAGGAAUUUUAUUUGCACUAGAAAGAAGUGGCAGGUGUAUGAUUGCAGAUGAGAUGGGUUUGGGGAAGACUAUCCAAGCAAUAGCUGUAUCAUACUAUUAUAAAAAUGAAUGGCCUCUGUUAAUAGUGGUGCCCUCAUCCCUGAGGUACCCUUGGGUUGAUGAAAUGGAAAAAUGGAUUCCAGAACUCCGUCCAGAGGAUAUCAUUGUCAUACAAAAUAAAACUGACAUUUGGCAAAUACCUAAAAGCAAAGUGACUGUCCUAGGUUAUGGCCUGUUAACUUCAGAUGCUCAUGUUUUAACAGAAACGUUACGCAAACAGAAGUUCAAAGUAGUAAUAAUUGAUGAGUCUCAUUACAUGAAAUCCAGGAAUGCAACUCGUAGCAAGAUUUUGCUGCCUAUUGUACAGAAUGCUAUUCGAGCUGUUCUCCUCACUGGAACACCUGCUUUAGGAAGACCUGAAGAGCUUUUCAUGCAACUUGAAGCACUUUGUCCACAGAAAUUUGGCACAUGGACUGAGUAUGCAAAAAAUUACUGCAAUGCACGUGUCAGAUAUUUUGGUAAAAGACGACAGUGGGACUGCAGAGGAGCUUCAAACUUAGAUGAGCUGCAUGAAUUACUAAGCAACGUGAUGAUUAGGCGAAUGAAAAGUGAAGUUUUAACACAAUUGCCACCUAAAAUUAGGCAGCGGAUACCUUUUGAUCUUCCUAAAACUACUGUUAAAGAAUUAAAUACUAACUUUGAGGAGUGGGAGAAGUUAAUGAGGGCUUCAAAUUUAGAUUCUUCUAAAGAUGACUUUGUCCCAGUGAUGAGUCUAAUUACACGUAUGUUUAAGCAGACUGCAAUUGCCAAGGCAGGAGCAGUAAAGGACUAUAUUAAAAUGCUGCUGGAGAAUGAAGAACUGAAGUUUCUGGUCUUUGCUCAUCAUUUACGUAUGCUGCAGGCAUGUACAGAGGCAGUGAUUGAAAGCAAGGUUCGUUAUAUUCGGAUAGAUGGCAGUGUACCUUCAGCAGAACGAAUAAAUCUUGUAAAUCAGUUCCAAAAAGAUCCAGAUACCAGAGUGGCCAUUUUAAGCAUUCAGGCUGCUGGCCAGGGUUUAACCUUCACCGCUGCCACUCAUGUUGUUUUUGCUGAACUAUACUGGGACCCUGGACACAUAAAACAAGCAGAAGACAGAGCUCAUCGGAUAGGACAGAGUAACUCUGUGAAUAUCCACUAUCUUAUUGCAAAUGGAACAUUAGACUCUGUAAUGUGGGCAAUGCUGAAUCGUAAGGCCACAGUUACAGGUGCCACAUUAAAUGGCAAGAAAGAAAAGCUACAGGCACCAGAAGGUGACAAAGAUAAAUGGAAUUUUUUGAAUUUUGCUGAAGUCUGGACCCCAAACGAAGGCCUAAAUGAAAGCAAGGAUGAGGUGUUAUUCACUCAUUUUGAAAAGGAGAAGCAACAUGAUAUUCGUGACUUCUUUUCGCCAAAACCAGAUAUAGAGAAAAAGCGAAAAAUGGAUUCCGGUUAUAAUGUAUCCCCAUGUUUGAGUUCAAAUUCUUCCCAAGCCUCGGAGGAAAAGGAUCUGGAAAGUGGCAGAAACACAGAACCUCAGGAUCCAGAGGAUCUAGAUGAGCUUUGUAGAGAGGCAAAGAGACCAAGAUCUGUAGAUCCAUCUACACCCAAGAUUGUUCCUAAUAGAGGAAAGAGAAAAUGCUUGUUUAGUGAAAGAAACAGUUCAUUUUCAGAAGACGCUUCCCAGGAGGAGGAUUGUGUCCUUUUACCUGGGUCAACAAAAGGAUUUGCUUCUGAAGUAACCUGGCUUUGCAAUCUUUGCACUUACAGUAACAGUUCGUUGCUACCUUAUUGUGAAAUGUGUGAAUCUCCUCGCAGAAAGAAAAUUAUACAAAAGGAAAGUCAAAUUGGUUUUCUCUCUACUGAAAGCGAAGAUGGAAAUGCAAUCAAAAAUAACAUAGGUCUUAAUGGUAUCGAGAUGAUCAAGGAAGAAACAAAUAAGAAAUCGGACUGCUGCAAGCAAGAACUCAAAGAAGAGUAUUUAAACGGUUCAGAAUCCACCCUAACAUAUCAUAGUCUAAUGUUCUGCGCAAGUAGGAACACUGACCGAAUUCAUGCCUACACAAAGGAUGGAGAACCUCUCAAUUGCAAUUUCAUUCCACUUGAUAUAAAAGUAGGCAACUGGGAAGAUUUACCAGCAUGUUUUCAACAAAAACAGAACCAAACACUGAUACUGAGGUUUGUGAGAGAAUGGAAUAGUCUAACAGCCAUGAAGCAGAGAAUUAUCAGAAAAAGUGGCCAGCUUUUUUCUAAUCCUGUUCUUGCUGCUGAAGAAAUACUGUGUAAACAACAAGCCAAACUCACCAGUACCAAACGGUACAUGACAAAAGAAGACAUUGCCAGAGCUUCACUGACAAAAGCUGACAGCAGUGGCGGUAGCGUUCGUAUAAUCACCAAAACAUCCAGAGAAGUUAAAAGAGUCCAAGGAACCUCUGUUGGAAAAGAAGAUAAUCAUUUUAUAAAGUUGCCUUCAGAAGAUGGGAGUUGUCCAGAUACCAGUUUAGUUUCUGACCAGAUUGUUGCUGUUGAGGAAUUUUCAUCAAGCAAGGGCUAUUUACAGGCGGUAGAUAAUGAAGGGAACCCACUUUGCCUAAGCUGUCAAAAGCCAACAAUCCAAGUUGAGGCAAAGUUAACCCACACCGCCUGGGACACACGAUUUUGUUCUCUUAAAUGCCAGGAAGAUUUCUUCUUCUAUACUAAUAAUAGUUACUUGAGAACUAAAGUUUUUGAAAUAGAACAUGGAGUUUGCCAGUUAUGUGGGUUAAAUGCCCAAGAACUCUACCUUUGUGUCAGAGAUGCCCCAAGGAGUCAGCGUAAAGAUCUUUUGGAGAAGUCGUGGAUGUCCAAGCUUCCUUUGAAACAGUUAAAUGAAAUUAUACUGAACCCAACUGAGGGCCAUUUCUGGCAAGUGGAUCAUAUCAAGCCAGUUUUCAGUGGGGGUGGACAAUGUACUCUAGAAAACUUCCAAACACUAUGUACAGUUUGUCACAAGGAGAGAACAGCAAAACAAGCAAAAGAAAGAAGCCAAGUUAAAAAACAAUGUGUUGCUUCAAAAUAUGCAUCAGACAUCACAAAGUUUUUUGUAAAAUUAUGAAAGGUUUGAUGAAAUGGAUGUCGCAGCUUGAAUGA